AAGCAGAGUGUGUGUAUUGAACGAACAUAGAACACUAAUGGAACAAACUUGUUAUUGUCACGUCACUGUCACUUUAAUGUCAGCCUAACAUUUUUUGAAUAAAAUAAAAAGAAAUAUAGUUGUACACGUAUAGUUGACGAUGUUAUAAAAGUGCACAAAAUUAAUUCACAUGGAAGGUAUUUUGUGGAAAUGGACCAAUUAUUGGAACGGCUGGCAAACCAGAUGGUUUGUACUAGAAAACGGUGUUUUAUCAUAUUGCAAGUCCCAGGAUGAAGUAAAGCAAGGGUUUAAAGGAUCGGUUAAAGUUCAAGCUUGUGAAAUAAACGUUUGUUUCCUUGAUAAUACUAGAAUGGAUCUAGUGAUUCCAGGAGAACAGCACCUUUACCUCAGAGCCGCCACAUCUCAAGAAAGACAAAAAUGGUUGGUAGCAUUAGGAACUGCCAAGGCCGGUAUAAAUAGGAAUGAAAAAAGUAUUGACGAACCCAAUCCAGAUGCCCUGAAAUCGAAAAAGUCUGAAUUAAGGUUAUAUUGUGAUUUACUGAUGCAACAAGUUCAUGUCAUUAAAUCAGCAGCACUACAUGAUAAUGGGCCUGAAAUAGAAAAAAUGGAUGAAGCCACUAGAUUUUUAGGAGCCACUUGUAACACAUUUAUUAAAACGCUUGAAGAAUGUAUGACUCUGUCCAAUGUUGAUGUGAAAAACCCCGUGACACCCAUUAAUGAUGUACCGUUUCCGUUGACAAAUUCUAUUCCCUCCAGUCGAAAGAAAAGUUGAAUGAGACCACAAAUCAAAGAUUUGUUUGUUGCAGCGGUAUUACGUCGUUAUUUAUUUAAAGUAGAUGAUAUUUAUAUUUAAUACAAGUAUUUCCUAUUAGUUGUGAUCGGAAAAUAACAAGUAUUAAAUAGUUAAAGACAAAUUUUAUGUACGUAUUAGAAAGUGAUUGAAUUUUUGUAUGUUAUUUCUUUAGAUUAUUAUUAGCCUGUCCGUUCAGGAUAUUUUAACAUUGAAGAGGAUUUUGUUUUGUAAAAUGAAUUGCCUAUAGAUUAGUCUUGUUUUAAGUAAUGUCUGUUAAUCAACAGCCAUUUUCUCGUGGCAUUUUGAGAACCAAGGUCGAUUUCCUUGAAAAUUUGGAUUUAGGUAGUAAUUAUAACCUUUGGGGGUGAAAACAACCCCCUGGAGCUGAAAACAACCCCCUGGGGUGAAAACAACCCCAUAUAGAGGAUGAAUAUUUUUUAAUCAAAAUAACUAUGGAAAUCGAUAGAGUGACCAAGUCUGAGUAAAUUUUGUUCUAUAAAUUUUUUUUGCAAAAUUGACACUUUCCUAGUUAUUUGCGAUUGAAACUAUGCAUUUUUCAUUGAAAAAACUCUCGUUUUAUAACCAUUUUUCAUGAAUAACUUAAAAAAAAUUAAAUUUUAUAGAAAAAAUCAUUAAAACCAAAAUUGAAGCUAAUAAAAAAACAAAGAGAUUCGCGUCUGAAAGACCUAUGUAAACCCAAUAACGACUGAGUGAUUGCUCUUUAAAAGAUGGUUAUUUUCUAAGAACAUCGAAAUGGAAAACCUUUAAUCUCAAAUAACUCGAAUCUGGUGCAAUUGUUUGGGAAAACUUAAAAGACAUCUUUCAAAGCUCAUUAAAAAAUCUUUCAGAUAAUUUCUGACAAAAAUUUUUUACGUAAUAACUGACUGACUUAUGACGAAAAUAAAGUCGCUCUCUGCUUGAUAUAUAAUUGAUACGAUCCAUGUGAUUCGACCGGUUUGGAAUGCUUAGUUUAGAAAAAAUAGUUGAUUAAAUCGAAAAUGACAUUUUUAAAACAAAAAAAUGCAUUUUUCUUAAAUAAAUCCAAAAGUAUUCAUAAUAUGAAAAAAGUGUUUCAAAUAUUAGUUGUGGAGUUUCUUUUACUGAAAAAUUUUGAUUAUAUUUUGUUUUUGUAUCAUGAAUACUUUUAGGUAUAUUUAAUAAAAAUGCACUGUUUUUUUUUUAAUUAUAAUAAUGUCAUUUUCGAUUUAAUCAACUAUUUUUUCUAAAAUAAGCAUUCCAAACCGGUUGAAUCACAUGGAUCGUAUACCUAAAUAAAGUUAAUUUCAAGCGGGAAGCUAUUCAUUUCUAUUAGGAUUGUAACGACGAGGGUUUAAUUAUUACAUUUCAAAAAGAAAAAACCAGAGAGCCAUUUUAUUUUCGUCAUAAGUCAGUCAGUUCUUAUACAAAAAACUUUUAUCAGAGCUUAUUUGAAAGAUUUUUUAAUGAGCUUUAAAAGAUGUCUUAAGUUUUCCCAAAAAAUUGCACUACAUUCUCCAUUUCGAAGUUCUUCGAAAAUACCCAUCCUUUAAAGAGCAGUAACUCAGUCGUUAUUGGGUAUGUCUUUCCGAGGCUAAUCUCUUUGUUUUUUUAUUAGUAACAAUUUUGUUAUUAAUAAUUAUUUCUAUAAAAUUAAUUUUUUUAAGUUAUUCAUGAAAAACGGUUAUAAAACGUUAGUUCUUUCAAUGAAAAAUGCAUAGUUUCAAUCGCAAAUAACAUGGAAAUGUCAAUUUUGCAAAAAAAUUAUAGAACAAAAUUUACUCAGAAUUGGUCACUAUAUCGAUUUUCAUAGUUAUUUUGAUUAAAAAAAUUUUCAUCCCCUAGAUGGGGUUGUUUUCACCCACAGGGCAAAAGCGCAGGUCGGCAUAGGAUAGAUUUUAUAGGAGAGUGUCAACAGAGCUUAAAAAGAAAUUUUUGAUGAAAAUUGGUGUUGAUUCUCAAAAUUCCACGGUUUUACAGUUUUUUUACCGCUGAUGAGUGGUUUAAUUACUGCAGCUGCAGGUGAGAAUUUAGGACAUCUCCUCAGGUCGUUCAACUAUGAUUUCUGGCGUCUUCCUACUGAUAUUUUUCUUCGUACUUUACGAUAUACCAUUUAAUAUCAUUCGAAAUAAUUCAUAUCUUUCACAUCUCAACACAUGACUUAUAGUCCAGGGCGCAUCUGUUAUGAGAUGGACGUUGAGAGGUGACUCAAAUUUUUUUGCAGAAAUUGCUUGAAAAUAACUCAAAUAAUAAUAUUUGAGUUAUCCUCUCACUCAAAAUGGUCCGGAACAUUGUUUAAAUAAUCAAAAUGUCAAAAUAUGAAGGAAAAAUUCGAUUUUUUUAUUGGUUUUUUGAUUAUAACCUUAAAACUAUUAAUUUGUGAGAAAAGUUGUACUAACAUAAAAGUUGCGUAAUUAAAUUUCCUACAAUACACAAUUGGUUAAAAAUUUAAAAAAUAGUCACCCUUGAUGCAAAUUAGCAAUAAUAGUUUUCAACCAUUUAUGCUACACUUAGGGCCUUCAUAUUUUACCCAGAAAAACUUUAUGAUAUAGUAAAAUAACGUUGUAAAUUUCGUUAAGAUCGGUUUAAUAGAUUUUGCAAAAUAAAUUUUGCAACCCAGCUUUCGCAAAAAAAAUUAAUUUUUUUAAAAUGUUGCAGGACUGAAAAUAAAGUAGAUAGCAAGUUGACUUUUUUGCUUAUAGAAGUGUACUGUACCUUUUUUGUGCAAUUUGCAAAAUUAAAAUCGAUUAAUUACCACGGCGUCAGGAAAUGUUUUAAAUAAACAUUAAUUUUUGGUGCUACGCGCAGGACAGCGGUGUUCGAUUCACACAAGUUGAUUUCCACCAAAAUGUCUUCCAGUAUUUAUCUAAUAUAUUAUUUUCUUACUCUAUAUUUUGUUGUAUUUUAAUAUUUUAAUUCCACAAAAAUCAAAAUAAUUUUAUUAUUGUUUGUGAAAUAUUGUUUAAACAAUUGCAUAUGUUUAAAAAUAAUAAACUUUUAUUCUCUAAGUUAAAAUAUAUGAACAAAGAAAGUUUUUGCUAAAAAAGUGUUAUUUCAAAGGAUAGAGUAUGUGUUUUUAUUUUGCAAUAAACAAAUUUAUUUAUUUAUAUCGAAAUGUAAUAUAAAUUAAAAUGUAUCAAUCAUUAUCAAAGGUCAUUGGAAUGCCCAAUCAGAGCAAACUAUCCGCUGUCCUGCGCGUAGCACCAAUAAUUAAUGUUUAUUUAAAAAAAAUUCCUGACGCCGUGGUAGUUAAUCGAUUUUAGUUUUGCAAAUUGCAAAUGAAAGGUACAGUAGACUUCUAUAAGCCAAAAAAUUUCAACUUUAUCUGCUUUAUUUUCAGUCCUGUAACAUUUUGAAAAAUGAAUUUUUUUUGCGAAAGCUGGAUUGCAAAAUUUAUUUUGCAAAAUCUAUUGAACCGAUCUUAAUUAAAUUUACAGUAUUGUUUUCCUGUAUCAUAAAGUUUUUCUGGGUGAAAUAUGAAGGUCCUAAGUGUAGCAUAAAUGGUUGAAAAAAGUAAAAUGCGAAUACUUGUUUUUCUACAGUUUUUUCGCAAUAAUUGAUAUUUUGCAACAAGGGCGACUAAUAUUUAAAUUUUUAACCAAUUCUAUAUUGCAGGGAAUUUAAUUACGCAACUUUUAUGUUAGUGCAACUUUUCUCGAAAAUGAAUACUUUUAAAUUUAUAAUCAAAAAACGAAGAAAAGAAUCGAAUUUUUCCUUCAUUUUUUGACAUUUUGAUUAUUUAAACAAUGUUCCGGUCCUUUUUGAGAGGGAGGAUAACUCAAAUAUUAUUUUUUGAGUUAUUUUCAAGCAAUUUCUGCAAAAAAAUUUGAGUCACCUCUCAACGUCCAAAUGUACUAAUAUUUUUACAGAUGCGCCCUGGUCUAUUAAGUAUCCUGGUCUAUUAACCACCGUUACUUAUAAAAAUCUAGUUGACAUUUUGAAAUAAAUAAAGUUAUACAUUGCACAAAAAUUAUUUUGUUACACAAAAACCGAAAUGAUUUUAUGGUGACAUUUAUUUUAACGAAACAAUGUCCUCAUUAUGAGCAAAAGUACUUAAAUAGUACGAAUCAUUCUUGAAUGAUAUACAGAGAGGUUCAAAAUUAUGGAAUAAAUUCAUUUUUUCGAGAAUAGACCACUUUGGAGAAAAAUCCUGAAACAAGCCGAUUUUUAUUUUUUAAAUAUGAUUUUGUGGCAUAUAUCAUACUGGUGACGUCAUCCAUCUGGGCGUGAUGACGUUAUCGAUGAUUUUUUUAAAUGAGAAUAGGGGUCGUGUGAUAGCUCAUUUCAAAGAUUAUUCAAUUCUCUAUUCGGUAGUAUAAACAUUAACAUAAUUAUCUAUACAGGGUGUCCAAAAAAUAUUUUUAUAUUAAAAUAAUUGACACGAAAAAAAAUAAUGUAUUUAAUUUAUUUAAUUCAAAAUACAUUUUAUUAUUGUCAGAAGACAUAAAAAAUUAACAUUACUUUUCGCUUAACCCUUAAUAUCCUAAAUUUCAAUUUCUUUGAAAAAUUUUAUUUUUUUUUUAUUUCGACGUAUACGGGAGUAGGUUUUAAAAGAAAAUACCUACACUUUUUUUCUUAAUUAUUUUUGGAUUUUCUAGAAAAUUGCAGUGACAUAUAUAUGUAACGCUAGGAAGAUAUAAGGAGCAAAAAUAUUUAAAUUAUUCCCUGUUAUAAAUAUAAAAAUAUCAAACAAAUACAAAACAAGAUAAUUGAAAAAUAUAAUCAAAUUAUUGUAGAUGAAAAUCUAUGUUGCACUUGAUGCAGCCCUCAAGUGCACAGCGUCUCCUUUUUUAUCAGGAAUAUAGGUCAGAAGAUGGUCAAUCUUAUCAUGUCUCAUAUCUCUGACUACUUUGGACGAACAUGGCCUGUCUGCACCUUUUGGUUCGGUAUCAUAUUUCGUAAUAUACAAUGUUACUAGAUACCAUCGAAAUUCUAGUUGUGGGAUACACAUAGGUACGGAUCCUCAUCACCUGACUCCUCGUACGCAAAUUAAAUUCUGGGGGUUCAGUAUAUAAUAUAGCAUGAAGUCUAAAGUUUCCGCGGCAUUAAUCAUCUCCAGCGCUGCUUGAAGAGAAAACCCUUUUCUGGAACAAAAAUACAUUACAAUUCUAAAAGUUCCGAUUUUUGCUCCCAUAUGUUCCUAGCGUUACAUAUACGUAACACCAAAAAUAAAAGGCAUAAUUUACAAAACCAUGAUAAAAUUUCGAAAAAUCUAUAUUAUCAAUAAGAAAAGCCAUUAAUUUAGGCUCAAUUAUUGAAAACACUUUAAACAAAUUAUAAUAACAAAAGAAUAGUAAAAAUAUACAUACCUACUCAAACUCGAGAUCCAUUUUUACCAUAAAUAAUAAACACCGUCACAUCAAACACUCAACUAAAUAAACAUGUUAGAUCAAAUACUUAAACCAAACGCUAAAAACUAGUAAACAAGUGUCCAUCGAAAGUCUUGCAUCGUCAUCUAGUUAAAAUUAGAAUCACUUCCCGAAUUUCAGGCUUAAGAUUUUGGGUGUCAGCUUGAACAUUGAGUUUAAGCGAAAAGCAACGUUUAUUCGAAAAAUAAAUAUUUUUUUUUGUUCUCGGACAUUAGUAAAAUGUAUUUUGGACACCCUAAUAUAAAUAAUUAGGUUAAUGUUUAUAUUAUAAAAUAGAGAAUUAAAUAACCUUUCAAAUGAGCUAGCACACGCCCCUAUUGUCAUUUAAAAAAAUCACAAUUUAAAAAUAAAAAUCGACCUGUCUCGGGAUUUUUCGUCAAAGUGGCCUAUUCUCGAAUAAACGAAUUUGUUCCAUAAUUUUGAACCUCCGUAUAUAAGUAAAUAUAAUUUAUUUAUGCAUUAUUCUUAUAAGUAUUUAUUGUACUUUAGCUAUACUACUACUACUACAAAAGUUGUUUUAGAGUAUAGUACAACUCAAAAAUGAUUGUCUGAACUAGUGUCACCUCAAACUUAGUGUAUCUAUAUUAUAGAACCGGCAUGGUCGUAUACAUGUUAGAACUAAAAAAAAUAUGUAUUUAUGUAUAUACAACAAAAUGAUUUUGUCAAAAUGUGAAUCUUUCAGACUAUUAUUUUACAAAAUGUAGGCAGGGGCACAUGUAUUUUGCCUACAGCAGGUUUUCUACUUGAAUUUAGUUAACGCAACAGUUUUAGUUAAGCAAUCUAGAUUUGCUUGCUCUUGAAAAGGAAUGUAAACACAUUUGAAAGCUCGAGCAUUAAAAAAUAGCCUUCUAA